AUGACUAUUGUAAAUUAUACACGAUCUAAGAAAAUUUUGAGAAUCAUUACUAGAUUCUUAAGUUAAUGGGCAAAGGAUCCUUUGCCCAUUAACUUUAAAAUCAGAUAAAUCGAAAACUAACAAAUUUAUGCAGUAAAAAUAUUUAAUAAAAACAAAAUGUUUGAUAACGAAGAAGAAAAUUAAAAAAGUUUGUGGAAAGAAAUCCAAGUCAUGAGACUAAUGAAUCAUAAACACAUCAUUAAAUUACGUGAAGUAUAUGAAGAUAAUAAUAAAAUAUAUAUUGUAACUGAUCUAUUGAAUGGUGGUGAAUUAAUAUCCCAUAUUGAGAAACAAGUUAAAGUAUACGAUGAAUCUCUAGUAAGAAAACUAGUUUACAAUUUAUUAGAUGCUUUAGUAUAUAUACAUGAAAGAAAGAUUAUUCAUAGGGAUAUUAAACCAGAAAAUUUAAUCUUAAAAGAUGAAAAUGACAUUUCGAAUAUUGCACUCGCAGAUUUUGGAUUAGCAGACUUCUAUUAAAAAGAUGGAUAAUAUUUAUUUAAAAGAUGUGGCUCAUUAGGUUAUGUAGCUCCUGAAAUAUUGCAAGAUCUACAUUAUGAUUUUAAGGUUGACAUAUACUCUUUAGGAAUUGUAAUGUUCUUACUAUUAACUGGUGAGUAAGCAUUUAAGGGAUCCAGUACAUUAGAAGUGUUAUAAAAUAAUACUUAUGGAAAAAUAGAUGCUUACAAACUAGCUAAUUGUCAUGUCAGUUUGGAAGCAAAAGAUUUAUGUAAAUAAAUGUUGAACUUUGAACCAAUUUAAAGACCCUCUGCUGAAUAAGCCAUUUAGCAUCCUUGGUUUAAAGUUGAUAACAAACACAUAUCCCUUCAUACAAUAUCGAUGAACAGAAUUCCAUAAAAUCUUAAAGGUUAAAAAGAGUUUUUGUUUAGCCUGACUCCAUUAUGGGUUAAUAAAAGCUUAAGAAGCAUUAACGAUUCUUCUGAUAAUCUAUGUGCCUUAACACUUAAUGUAAGGGACAGAACCAUAAACGAAAUUCUGGACAAUCAUCAUUUUAAAUUAGAUUCAACAGUUUAUGAUUUAGAAGACGAUUACAUUAAUGAAUAGGAGUCAGUUGCUAAUCGGAUUGAAAAUCACAAACUACUUGUAAAGUAAAGAAGUCUGCCAUGA